AUGCGUUUUGAGGCCUUCUUCGCAGCAUGCAUCCCAGCAUCGCCUACUUUCCGUCGCAGUGCUUCUACAUGGGCUCCCUGCAGAAUGGCGUUUCCAGCGCAGACAGGAUCUUCCCUUUCGUACCCCGUCCGCCGUUCAAGUGGCCAAACACUGUGGGAUGUGUGUGGGCGUGUAGCGAAGGAAGAACUGAGCAGCACAGGCACCUCCUACCUCAAUCGUGGGGAGGCGUCCGUUGUUGAGCGGCUGGUCCUGGCGCUCCUGAGGAGUGGAGUCACUCCUGAACAAAUCGGUGUAAUUACACCGUAUCUCGGGCAGCGGAAUUUCUUGCGGACGCUGCUGCAGCGGAAUCCGAUGCCAGCAGAAGUGGAGAUAAGUUCAGUGGAUGCCUUCCAGGGCAGAGAGAAAGACAUCAUCAUUUUUUCCUGUGUCAGAAGCAACACGCAGAGCUCCAUUGGAUUCUUGUCGGAUCCGCGCCGCCUGAAUGUGGCUUUGACACGCGCUCGUUUCUGCGUGUUUAUUUGUGGCAACGCGAGUCUUCUGUCAAUCCAGAGGACGCCGUCUUCAGGAUCGUCUGCUGCACUCCCGCCUUCUCUGCGGGGGGCCCCCAGCGGCCCAGAAGACGCGGAGGGGGAGAGGGGGGCCCCCCCCUCCGGGCAGGGCCCCUCGGCUCCCCCGUCCACCUGCAAGCUGCUGCAAAUGGCGGCUUCGCAGUUCCUGGAGACUUUGCCUGUGUGGCCGUUGCUUGUGCUGCAUUACGAGAAGCAAAACUGCAUCGUGUCAGGACCGAUUUGCAACCUUAGGGAGGUGCAGUUUACGCCGACCGGCCGAAAAGUGCCUCGGUCCUUCAACGGCGCGACAACGACACCAGCCCCUUUGCAGGCUGUCUCGACAGCGGGGGCGAAAGCAGAAGAAGCCGAUGAUCAAGGGGAAUUUAUGGGGAGCAGAGCCUACCCCUGUAGUGUCAUCACGGCAGCUGCAGCAAGGCCGCCUCGCGGCUCACACAACGCAAAAAAGCGGCUAGCCACGGCAACAUUACUCCUACUCCCAGGGAGGAUCGCGGCUCGCGAAAGAAGUGCUGCGCUUUAUGCGCGGGAAGAGAGGCGUCACUCCGAACGCCAACAGCAGCCGUUUGCAUGUGUGUCUGCGAACUUGCGAGUAUCUGGGGGUAUGCGAACUAAUGCCUCCCUACGAAAGUAUGGUUCCAGAGGGAUGGCGCGGGAGGAGCAGAACUUGGGGUGUCUUUGCCGAGAAAAACAAAAACUCUCUUUGCCCCGCAUGCAGACAUUGCUCUCCCCCUUUUAG